AAAGCCAAGUGAGGAGACAGACUGUGAUUACGACAUGCUGAGCUCUAGUAAGAAACAAUGUUUGAUCACAAACUAGAGGAUCCUCUGGGUUCCCAUCAUGAUGAGCACUAACUGAUGUUUCCUGCAGGAGCAGCUACAUGGGAGCUGAAGGUCAUUCAGCCUGAGAAAUCAGUUUCUGUUGCUGCUGGAGACUCAGCCACUCUGAACUGCACUGUGACCUCCUUGUUGCCUGUGGGGCCCGUGAAGUGGUUCAGGGGUACAGGGCAGAGUCGUCACCUAAUAUAUAGUUUCACAGGAGAGAGAUUCCCCAGAGUCACAAAUGUUGCAGAUGUUACAAAGAGAAACAACCUGGACCUUUCCAUCCGCAUGAGUAAUGUCACACUUGCUGACUCUGGUACCUACUACUGUGUGAAGUUCCAGAAAGCAGACUCUGACAAGGAGCUUCAGUCUGGGGGAGGCACAGUGCUGAAUGUGCUUGCAAAACCGUCUCUUCCUGUGGUGUCGGGCCCUGCAGGCAGAGUUAGUCCUGGGCAGACAGUGAGCUUCACAUGCAAGUCCCAUGGCUUCUCUCCUCGGACCAUCACACUUAAGUGGUUCAAAGAUGGAAAUGAGCUCCCUCACUUCCGAACGACUGUGGACCCCAAAGGAGAAAGCGUCUCCUACAAUCUCUCCAGCACAGCCCAGGUGGUGCUGAGCCCUCAGGAUGUCCACUCUCAAGUCAUCUGUGAGGUGGCCCAUGUCACCUUGCAAGGAGGCCCUCUCCGUGGGACUGCCAACUUGUCUGACACCAUCCGAGUUCCACCCACUGUGGAGAUCAGCCAGCACCCAUCAGUGCUAUGGAAGCAGAUAAAUGUCAGCUGCCAGGUGAAUAAGUUCUACCCUUUGAGACUACAACUGAUUUGGUUAGAGAAUGGAAACAUAUCCUGGACAGAAGAGCCUUCUCCACUCAGCGUCAACAAGGAUGGAACCUACAGCUGGACCAGCUGGCUCCUGGUGAACAGAUGUGCUCAUGAGAAGGACCUGGUACUCAGCUGCCUGGUGGAGCAUGAUGGACAACCACCAGUCAUUAAAAAUCACACUGUGAUGACCAGAGCACAUCGCAGUGAGCAAGAACUGAAGACGUCAGAUACUGCUGAAAUCCUUGUAGCUGUGCUCCUUGUACCCAAACUGCUACUGGUAAUUGGUGCCUUUGCCAUCUACAUGCAUAAGAAGCAGAACGCCUGACUGUAAGUUAGGAGGGCUGGAGGCUGUAUUAGUUACUAUUCUGUUGAUGUGACAAUACAAAUGAUGAAAACAAUUUACAGAAGAAAGGGUUUAUUUGGCCAUACUGUUCCAGAGUCAUAUUAGUCCAUCAAACCUGAGAGGCAUGAAGAAGAUCAUGGAGCUAAGAGCUCACAUCCUUGUGGAGAACAAUAAACAGCAAAUAAACUGGAAGUGUUACAAGGCUUUUUAAGAUCAAA